AGUUAGCAGCAACCUAAGAAAUGGCGCAAUAAAUGAGCUAGUAUUUUCUCAUCCGGUGCUGAUGCCUUUAAUCCAAGCCACUUUAUCGUUUGUUGUGGAAUUACGCGAUUUCCAUAAUAUCGAUCUCUACCAUCGUGGCUAUUACCAAGUUCGUACUCACUUAAAAACAGGUGUGCAUCCCAGUGCGACUACUGGAUCUAACAAUAGUAAAUCAUCAGCAUUUGUUGAACCGCCAACCCGUUGGGAACGAGCUAGUACACGAUUCAAAGUACCAGAAGCUGUAAAAGCGAGUUACAUCGAACCGAGUGUUUCUGUUCCAGCUCACACACCAGACAAAGCAUGCAGCAAGACAUUGUUGAUCAUGUAUCGAGAUGAGUCGGCAAGACUAUGUGAUGUGUUUGAGCAGAGGGUGUUAGUCCAGGUCGAUCCGAUUAAUUUAGAGGAGUCUUUGGUAAGAAACGAUCUUUUCCUAUGCGUUGAGCUAUGGUUUGUCGAAGACCCACUUGAUAAACCCUUUGCUCCUGAAUUUCUGACUAAGGUAUGUGAGCGUCAACUACGUAUUCAUUUAACACCAUCUCGUGGACUUCACUAUCAUUUCACCGUAUUCUUCGAUUAUUUUCAUUUAUGUGCUAUUGAAUUAGCACUUUAUGGAGCAUUAACAAAUAUCACUUCAAGUAUUAUUAGUUGGCCAAAAUUUUCACCACAUAAUACACCAUUACAAACAAAUAACCAAAUAAUUAGUUUAGCUCAACAAACAUGGCAUGGUAUCAUUUGCAGUAUUAAACAGCCUAACAGAUAUCAUUUUGCACUCGCUAUUCAUCGACAUCUCUGUCAAAUAUUAUUAGCGGCAAGAGAAUCUAUGUUAUUAUUUUGGCGUGAAAGUCUUCCGUAUUUACCUUCAAAUGUGAAACCACGUAUUGAACCUGUUGACUUUCAAAGUAAAUUGGAUUCACUUGUACAAAUAGCUCAAAGCUUAGAAACCGAUGAUGAUUUAGCGAAUCAAAUUUCAUUUGAUGUUGCUCGUCUCUCAUCUCAAAAUACUGUUCUAUUUAAACAACUAUGUAAAUCUGUCACCUUACAAUCUAAACUAUCUGCUUUUUUACGUCGAAGGUUUCAUCAAAUUCGUAUGAAACGAUUGGCUGAGGCAUUUUUCUGUCAAGAAUUAUCACUUGUCAAUUUACUAGCUAUUUAUGAUUCAAGUGUUAUAGGACAUGAAUCACUUGCUAAUGAUGUUCGCCAAUCAGUUUAUUUUCAAAACCUCCCAACCUUACCAGUUACCUGUCGUGAGUUAGACGGUGAUGUUACUAAUCUACCUAUUAUCUUCGAAGACAUCUUCUUACCACAUAAUAAUAAUAGUAAUAAUAAUAAUAAGACAAAACCAUUGAAUUCAUCUCAAUCAAUUAAUGGUAAUACUAAUAAUGGAAUAUAUACAACCAAUACUCCAAAAGCAAAAUAUACAUCAAUGGAGUUGUUAACUCAUAAAUCUUCACCUCCAAUUGAUGAUGAUGAUGAUGAUGAUGCAUUUACACCAAUGAAAACUCGUUCGGAUGAUAAUGAGUCCGGUAUUUAUAUGGAAGAAGACGUGUUGGGAGUAAGAGUAGUAUCAAAGACUGCAAUUAAGACUAAGUCAACUGACUUAUCUAGCUGUGACACAAUGCCAGUUAAUAAAAAAGAAUCUACACCUAUAUCAAACUAUAUAUAUCCAUCAACUGCACCAAACCAUCCUUCAAACUAUCAACUUCAAAAUUUUUCUCAUUCAAGUCCUGAUCUCUUGUCACCAUCAACAUCAUUACAGCAAAUUCAUGUAACAACUAGACCAAUUUUUAAACCAUUUCUUACUACAGUUAACAAUAUCGCAACCCCAGAACUCUUAGUUAAUGGACAAUCUAAACGUAGAUUUCACUUACCUAGUAACCAUAGUCGGAAAUUUCAUUAUUUUGACAAGUCACGUGGAUCUAAUGUUUUAUCACAUUUAAAUAAUAAUAACUCAAAUGUUAAAUUAGUUGGUUACCGUUCUAUUCAACCAGUAGAGGACAACGUUACAAUGAAUCAAUAUUCUGGUUUAUCUGACAAUCGACGUAGAAUGACUGAAUCCUCUUUAAACAUGGAUUCCAAUAUAAAUCACUGUUCAUAUUCUUCUAGUGUCCUACGUCCUGUCGGUGGAUUGGCUAUUCGAGACAUGCGUUCUCGUUCCCUUUACAAUUUAUCACUUAAAUCAUCUCAAAUAAAAAGUACCAAUUUAGAAACGAUCAAUAUAAAUAAUAGUUCAUCAAAAUCUACAUCUUUAUCUAUGUUGAAUAUUUCAAGCGAACUGAACGAUACACCAUUGUUGCAAUGUUCAACAAACAAUAAAGACAGCAAUAUUUUAAAUUCAACUUCAUUUACGUCAUCUACAAAUUACACCAACUCAAAGUUGUCCAAUCGUAUUAAAUCUCAUGAAGUUAUUGCAUUAGGCACUUUAAAAAUACCUCCAACAAAACCACCCGGUGGAUGUGUACCAUCUGAACACAUAUCUGACGAAACAGAUUCCCUAUUGCCGUGUAAUCAUCUUUACAAAACUAAUAUUGGUAGCAGUUCUGUUUCCCUACCGAAUAUUCCACUUUCAUGUAUAAUUCCAAGAGUAGUUUCAGAAGGAUGUCUUACAAAUAUUUCAUCAGUAGAUCAAUUUUCUUGGAGUAAAUCUCGAAGGCGAGUAAAAGUGCGAAAUCUUAAAAGAAAUCAUAUGCUUCCUGCUAGAAAAUUGCACUGUAGUCAAUUAAAAACUUAUACUGCAGAUUUAGCCUAUUUGAGUAGUUGUUCAGAUUUACGCCUUGGUAUAUUAGAAAAUGAAUUUAAAACCAUAAAUUAUCACCCAUUGCCAAUAAAUGAUUCUUUUAAAAUGAUUUCAAAUGCAUCUAUUCCUAAUUCUUCGUUUGAAUUAAAGAAACGUUUAACUAAAUCAAGUACCAUUUUAUCAACCAAUGAAGAAUUCAUUUUGAAUAAACCAUCUUGGCUGACAUCAUCAUUUUCUAAUAUUGACUUGGUGGAUGGUAUGCAACAACAGAGUAUGAAUGGUUAUAGUUUUCUAUCACAUUGUUGGCCCAAUCAACGGAAUACUACUGGUAGUCGUAAUCAUUAUAGGCAACAGGCAAAUAGUUUAAAAACGUAUAAAGGUCAUUUAGUGAGUGCAACUUAUACUGAUGGUAAUGAUAAAAGGCGGUCCACCAUCACUACUCACAAUAAUAAUAUCAGUAACAAUUAUAUUUACGAUAGUAAUGAUAAUAAUAAUAAUGGUAAAUACCAGCGACCGAAAUCACUAACUGUUGGAAAUAAUCAAGAGAAUAGAUUAAAUCAACAAAUUAUUACUGAAUUACAUGACUUUUCCGCAAGUAUAACAUCUUGUCAGUAUGAUCAAGGAAGAAAAGUAAAUCAUCUGAAUGGUCCUGUUGAUACAACUCAAGCAACUAUUGACAACUGCAUUAAUAAACAACGUUUAUCUAGUAAUUCUGAUUCUUCACAUUCAUCAUUACAUUGUAAUAAAUGUUUACCAUCAUUACCUGCAGAAUCAUCAUCAGCAUUAUUAUUAUCAUCGAUACACGAUAACCGAUUGAAAGAAUGCGGUUAUCAGGUUUCCAAUUUAUUAAGUAGUGAUGAAGAAUUAUCAAAUAAAAAUUCACCGAAACUUAGUGUUAUAGAAAUGUUGAACACCAUCGAUUUGGACAGUUGUAAUGAUGUACUACCUAAAAAAGCUACAACUAUCAACUAUGCUACUUAUAAGAGUUGCGAACUUUCAACACAUUCACUUACUAAUCAAAAACAAUUUCAAAAAACAAAAUCUUUAACUUAUACAUCUUCGUUAUCAUCCAAAGAACAAAAUGAUAAUAAUCGAAAUACAUUAAAUGGUAUCCAUUUAGAUAUUAAAAAAACUCACUCACUUGUUGAUAUAUUAUCACCUGGUGUAAUAGAAUUUUUACGUUUGAAAGAACAUGUUAAACGACAAAUCGCACCACAUUUUCAAGGUUAUGUUUAUAGUGAUUUCGCUACACUUGCUGCACCAUAUCCAUAUUUUUCAGAAGCACCUGUAUUCAGUGGUGAUGUACAUCUUAUAGUUUGUGUUCAUGGUCUAGAUGGUAAUUCAUGUGAUUUACGUCUUGUACGUGUUUAUCUUCAAUUAGCUUUACCAGAUUGUAAUUUACAUUUCCUUAUGUCAGAGUGUAAUCAAGACGAUACAUUCGGUGGUUUUGAUAUGAUGAGUGAGAAACUAGUUAAUGAAAUUGCAAAUUAUAUCGAUGAAAUGGAUGAAAAACCAAAGCGAAUUAGUUUUAUUGGACAUAGUAUGGGUUGUAUUAUAAUACGUGCAGCAUUAUUGAAUUCACGGAUGGAACCAUAUUUGUCUAAAUUGCACACAUUUCUAUCUUUAAGUGGUCCACAUUUAGGUACAGUAUACAAUUCAUCUGGUCUCAUUAAUAUGGGCAUAUGGGUUAUGCAAAAAAUUAAAAAAUCGGAAAGUCUUUCACAAUUAAGAAUGCGAGAUGAUCCGGAUUUACGUAAUACAUAUUUAUAUCGUUUAAGUACUAGUCCUGGCUUGGAUCUAUUUCGUUAUGUUCUGUUAGUUGGAAGUCCACAAGAUCGUUAUGUACCGUAUCAUUCAACACGGAUUGAAUUGUGCAAAGCUGCAAUUAAAGAUUCUUCUACUCUUGGGAUUAUUUAUAUGGAAAUGGUUACAAAUUUAUUACAACGUUUCAUUCAAUCAACCCGUACCACUGUAGUGCGUUAUGAUGUACAUUAUAAUUUAACAAAUUCAGCAAAUACACUAAUUGGUCGUGCUGCUCAUAUCGCUGUGUUAGAUUCUGAAAUAUUUUUAGAAAAAUUUAUUUGUGUUUCAGGUGCUAAAUAUUUCCGGUGAUUAUAAUUGAGUGUACUUAAAAAUGGUAUACAGUCUGCCGCUUGCUAUGUUAUUAUUAUUAUUGUCUAUAUUGAAAAAGAAUGAUAAUGUUAUGCAAUUCAACGUAACUUCUGUUUACAAAGUUGUACACAUGUAUCCGGUUAUACUCUAUUGUUUGGUAGCUAAAUGCAAUAUCUGUUCGAAUUACUCGAUUCAACAAAAGAAAUCUUAAUAUACAAGAAGAUAUAUGGAGGAAGUACGCAAAAGUCUAUCGCAUUUACAUGUUUUCUACAGUACAUUUUAUGUAUAUAUGUGUAUGUUGUAAACCUUUAUUCAAUUAUAAAUUGUAUUCGAACAAACAUAUCAACUAGUGACAUUGGGUUUUUUUUCACUUUACUCAUUAUUUACUUAUUUCACUCCCCUCCUACUUCUUAAUGUUUUCUAAUAAUAGAAUUCCACAAUUUCAGUAGUUUACCCAGUGUACUUAUUUUGUUUUGUUUUGUUCCAAUGCAUAGUAGGAUCAGUAAUGUGUGUUUCUUAAAUACUACUGAAAUACAUACUGCUUGUAAAACGAUAUCAGUAAUAGAAGUAAUAGUGUUGAGAACAACAGUGAACUGUAUGUUCGUCUUUGUCUGCUUAGUUUGUAUUGAUGAUUACGUAUAGAUUUUUUAAUAAUCAUACUCAGUAUUGCAAGUUUAUUUUUACUUUCCUUUACAUAAUCAUACAUACUAAUAAAUGAUAUAGGAUAUAGGAGCCUCCAUUUCUCGUAUUAUGUGUGCAAAUGCAACAACGCACACGCAUUGUGAUCAGCUUCUUUUUCAAAUUUGUUAUUUUGUGUUUCAUUCCUACAUACUUUGUUCAUUGUUUGUACUUCUUUUGACAAUCGCGUGUUGUUUUGUUUCUUUACGUCAUUUUCUAUUUCGACUGCCAUAUUCUAUAUCCUCAUGAUUAAUAACACACAAGGAGGUAACAAUGACGAACAAUGUAUGUAUGUGCUCUCAAAAAGUCCUAGAAAGAAAAACGAAAAAUACAGUGGUAUGAUAACCAAUAGUGUCACUGUUAAUUCAUAAUGUAUUCAUGAAUAUUGUAUCAUGUACGGAUCUGUUCAUUUCUUUUUCAAUUUGUCAUUGUUAUCAUUGUUGCUGGGACGAAUGAUGUUACUUCGUUGUAUUAGUUUGUUGUUGUAUUAUUUUUCUGCUCCGUAAAUGCUAAUCUGAUUAUUGCAUUUCUAUAGGUCUACUUCGCAGCAACAACAACACUCCCUUCUUUCAUUUCUGCAUAGUCUAGACUUUUAACUGCACUCACAAUGUGACAACAUUUGUUCAAUUGAUACAAAACUUGUAUUGUUAUUUAGAAAGCAAACAUGAAAUAUUGUUAACAUUAAAAUUAUUAUUCUCUUGGCUACUUUUAUUACCAAGUGUUUUAAACAAACAUUCAAAUUACUACUUGGAUAAAUCCCUAAUGUUUUUUUAUUUUGUGCCUUAUGGUGGUAAUGUAAUCGAUAUAUCCUGAUUCCAGUUAUUAUUCCAGCAUAUCUGAAAUACCCACACAGGAUCCAUACGCAGUCAUUCAUCUAACCUUACCUUGUCAAUAUGAGGGACCGACACGAUUUACCUUCGCGUGUCUGGUGACUCCACCGCUACUUCCAGUGACUUCGCCGAAGUAGUGUGAUGUUUAAGAGUAUUUGAA